AAUGCAAAAAACUUAGUUAAAAUCCCGAAGAAAAGAAAAGGAAUCAACGGUCAAGAUCUGCUCCACCCUUUCUGGCUCUCUCAGUUUAUCUUCCCAACAAUAUAAUCUUCUCCCAACUCUCCUCCUUCCCCCGACCUACAAACAGAAACCUCUCUCUUUUCCGAUAUAUAUAUAUAUAUAUAUGAUAUAACCGUGUGUGUGUUUCUAUAUAUAAAGAGAGAGAGAGGGGGUGAAUUAAGUCUGUGUUGUGUGUGUGUGUGGAGAGAUGAUGUUAGGGAAGAGGGGGCGUCCUCCGCCGAUGAAGAGAACUACAAGCAUGACAGAGUUCACCUGGGAUCUCAACGGCGGCGCCGCCGCUGAGGGUGUGUAUCAGCCUUUCGAUCUCAACAACCCUUACAACGGCGGUCUAGAUCAGAAGUACAUGGCUUCCGCCGCCGCCGCCGCCGCCGCCUCACCCAGAGGCCAGCGGCGCAACUCGGCGGAAGUCACUGGUAAUUUCUUGAGGGUGUGUUCUCUCUGCAAGCGCCGCCUCAUACCAGGUCGCGACAUCUUCAUGUACAGAGGUGAUAGUGCGUUCUGCAGUCAAGAGUGUAGACAACAACAGAUGAAUAAAGACGAGAGAAAAGACAAGUGUUUGGUUUCAUCCGCCCCAGUUACCCAACUCUCCGCCACCGCCGAUAGGGUUUCCGCCGUCUAGUACUUCAGCAACAUAUAUAUAUAUAUAUAUAUAUAUAUAUAUAUAUAUAUAUAUAUAUAUAUAUAUAUAUAUAU